UCCAGCUGUACCCUCCUCCACCCCCGUCCCUCGUCCUGUUUGUCUCAACACCAUCUUCGGCGCAAGUCAAUCCAUUCAGUACUCCAGUCUGGAGCUACGUUAGAGUAAAGGCUGGGCGAUUGACCGAAUCAUCUCCUUGGUGCACGGCGCACGCGGUUGUGCGCAUACCAUACCAGUUCGUCCUCGUCAUAAUUAGCCAGGCAUCACCCACGAGGGCUUGCCAAAUAGCCGGCCGCCUGCUAGCCCCCCUCUGCCCUUCUCGCAUCCCUCGCAUCUGCCAUCCCCAUCUCAUGCUCUGAGCUCGAGUCGCACCUACAACCGAGGAACAAACACCAACUGAACGUGAGGAAAGGAUGUCGACGUCUAGUCUUGCCUCUUCAUCCACAAUCUCAGUAACGCCCACGUCGUCCCUUUCACAGGAUGCGACGGGCUCAGCAUCGGCGUCAAGUCCCUCAGCUGUAUCGACUGAUAGUGCUGAUGGAAUGCCCUCUGGCCUCGCGUCCAAUGCAACGCUGUACCUGUACACAUUCCUAGCCACUCUCGUCCUCCUUCUCGCCGUCUCUUCCGGCAUCGUCAUCCGCAGCCUCGUCAUGAGGAGACGACAUCAACGUUUUGUUGAAGCUGCCAUUCGCGCGGGCACGUGGAAUCCCUCGCGGGAUCCGUUCAAUAAUGUGCUGAUGAAUGACCUUGGGCUUGGGGGGAGAAGGCGAAGGAGGAAGGAUAUUGGAGAGAAGCCGAGAUUAUGGGAGGUUAGGCUAGUGAAUGAGGAAAGUGAGGAUGAGGAUGGGACAGAGGAAGAGGCAGGUUUGGGCAAAGGGAAGGACGUGACGCCUAUGGGGACGGGAAGAACGGAGUGGGCGGAUAUUAUGCCCCUAUCAGCCCGGUACAUGAAUCCCCGCUCAACCUCGAGAUCGCGCUCGCGCAGUGCCUCACGAGACGUGUCACCCAAUCCCGACUUUGACCCUGACGCUAGCCAGCGGACACGAUGGAGGCGCUUCCUCGACAUCAUUGGCUGGCGACAGCCAGACGACCGUAGUCGUCGUUCUCGGUCACAUUCACGACGUCGCUCGAGAUCUCGCUCGGGAGUGCACUCGCGAUCACCUACUACACGCCCGUCACCUUCACCUUCACCAUCAUCCCGACAUACUCCGGCUGCCGCUCCCUCACCAGCUCCGGUGAUGACUACUGGUUCCGGAUUGCUUGCUGUACCAAACGCUGGCGACGGAGAGAAACUCGACUUGGAGAUACCGCAGCCGCCGCCACUGCGCGUGACUGUGCUAAUCACGAUGCCGUUCCAGCAGUCGUUCCACAGGGAGCGAUUAGAUGCGGAUGAGGGUCCGCCGCCGGUGGUGGAGUUUGGGGUUGUGGAUGUGGAAGUUGGGGGUGAGGACGUUUAGAACGCUUGAAUUCAUUUGUUUUCAGAUGUCACGCUUAGACGCCCGUAUCAACGUCAGCGAUAGGGUAGGCGCUUUGUAUAAUAGACAGGCUGUACGCAGUGCUGUAUACUCUUUGAGGCUGGGUCUGGUCUUCUAUAAAAGCCUUACGCGGUACAUGGCCGUUUCCAC